AGCAGCUCGAGGCUCGCCUUUCCGCCCAAAAAGCGUCCGUCAGAGAGACAGACUGCCCAUGGCUCCGCAGCCUGUCCGCACGCUGCGGGAUGCGGUGUGCGGCGCACUGGCUGAUUCUGGCGGCAGCCUCCAUCCUGGCAGCCAUGCUGCUUGGGAAUUCCAUGGUCGCCUCUGCAGGCGCAGGCGACGCGCCACAGCCAGAUGAGUCAGCCGCGACUCUGGCGCCGACACGAAGUCCUUUGACUUCGGCGGUGGUGGAGACGACCACGACCGCGACUACCACGGCCACGAAAUCUGGAGCUUGCGGGCACAUGCAGAUCGAUGACUGGGACCGGGAAGGGCGUCUGAAGAUGGUCCUUUUGGCCGUGGACAUUGGCGGGGGCCGCUUUGGGAAUCAGCUCUUCACCGCAGCCAAGUCGCUGGUGUCGGCGGCAGCGAAAAAGCAGCCGGUUCUGCUGCAGAGGGUCAGGGCGCUGCGCUUCUCGCAGAUCCUGCGGCUGCCGUGCCUGCGCAGCAGCCUGGGGCUGGACGAUAGGGUGCAGGCCCUGUGCGAAGGCUGCCGGGCCGACACUUUGUGGGAAGAUAGGAGCCCCAGCUGCAACAGGGGCCGUGGCUGCCACCAGCUUCUGGUCUCCAAGGGCAUGCUCGCCGACCCCGGCGGAGGCGGCUUCCAUCAGGACCUGGCUGGGUGGGGAGACUCGCCCAGCAAGUUCCGAAGCCUGUUGCGGCAGGUCUUUGACGCACCCAUGCCAGAGGCGGCCAAAGAUGUGGCGCUGCCUGGGGCGGAGGACCUGGUCAUCUACUUCCGGCCCUUCAAAAAGGCCCAGAUCUUUGACAUCCACAUGAAGAAUGUGCGGCUGAGCUCGCCACCGCUGGACUUCUUCCGAUUUGCAGUGGACUCUGCGCAGGUGCGGCAGAAGGGCGCCAAGAUUUGGGUGCUCACGGACCCCUCCCUGCGGCAGCACCCCACGGUGCAGCGGAUCCAAAGGGAGCUGGGCGCCGAGCUCUUCGUGGCGAUGGAUAAGGUGGGCAAGCAGUGCUGGCUGGCCGACUGGUUGUGGAUGAAGGCCGCCAAGCGCCUGGCCAUAGCGCCCAGCACCUUUGCCUGGUGGGCUGCGUUCCUGGGGCAGGCCUCGGAGGUGUACUUGCCCAUCAUGCCCGGGGAGGUGCCAAUGCCCUGGUGCCGCCUCUUUCCCGAUGACACUCGGUUUCUGUUCCACGACCUCUGGAAGAACACGUCCUACCAUGAGGCCUCGGCAGCAAAGAACAUCUGCCUGGAGUAUUUCGAUUGCCCUCAAAAGCAGUGCCCGCUGCAGCAGCGGCCCGAAGAAGUGGCCGCGCUCUUCCCGGAGCUCCUGGCAUUGCGACACCCGCAGGAUGUGGAGUAUCUGAACGCUAGCGGCGGAAAACGACUGCCCGUCCCGAGCGAGCUACCGCCUGCGGAGCGCCUUGGCGUCGCCGAAGCGGCGACACCGGUGCCAGCGCCGGCCGCGACACCGGCGCCAGCGCCGGUGACAGUGAAGCCAGCACCGACGGAGCUGCCAGCCACAGGGGAUGCCGCGGUGUUGCGGCGCCACGCGGGGCUGUAUGUGGACAAGGCGAGGAGUCUCGAGUUCAAGGACAUCGUGUUGCUUACGGUGGCGAACGCUGCGUACAUGGACUUCCUUCGGAACUGGGAAUGCCACGCGCAUCGCCUGGGCUUGGACUGGGUGGUGCUGGCCUUGGACGACGAGGCGUGGGAGAAGGCGGUUGCAGGGCGGCGCGGGGCGCUGCGCGCCAGCGGCAACAGCAGCAGCGGGGCGCUGGAGUACCUGAACAAGGGCUUCAACCUCAUGUCCAUGAACACGCUCGCAGCGGUGUUUGACGUUAUGGACAAGGGCUUCGAUGUGGUUUUCACUGACAGUGACAACGUGUUCCUGAGCGAUCCCUUCGCGGCAGGUGUCAGCUUCGGCGAGCGGAUCCGCACCGGAAGGUACGACUACAUCUACCAGCUGAACUGGCCCGGCCCUCGGCCCUACCAGCCUGGCGCCGAAAUCCACGAAGGCAACACGGGCUUCUACUUCGCCUCGCUGCGGCGCAAGCCGGAACCCACGCGGACUCUCUGGCAGGCGGUGCUGAAGGCGUGCAGCCGGAACCCGCAGCUGGACGGCCAGCCGAACUUUUGGAACGCCCUGCGAGGUCUGCGGCAAGAGAGGAAGCCCUGCUUUCGCGUGUGCCAGGAGCAGCAGAUGUGCAACGGCACCGCAGAGGCAGAGAUUCUGGACUACUGCGAAAUGGACCCGUUCCGCCAUCGCACUGGCUGGGGCAAGCGAGACAAGGAUGGGCCAGUCUCCUACCACGCCAACUUCAAGGUGGGCCGCGCGAGCAAGAUCUCGGCGCUGAAGGGCAUGGGCCUCUGGCGUCCAACGGAGGAGGCGUGGUGCGCUGGCUGA